AGAAGAAAGGACAGUUCUUUCCGGUAAUGACGCAUUACUUCCGGAUUAAGAAAGCAACAUGGCGGCGCCCAUAUCCCUACAUCUGGAGUUUGGGGGCGGAGCAGAGCUACUGUUUGAUGGGGUCAAGGAUCAUCAUGUGACUUUGCCCAGCCAAUCGGACCCCUGGGACAUGAAGCAGCUGCUGGUGUGGAUCCAGAGGAACAUGCUAAAGGAACGACCCGAGCUCUUUGUGCAGGGGGACACUGUGAGGCCAGGGAUACUGGUGCUAAUCAACGAUGCAGACUGGGAGCUGAUGGGUGAGCUGGAGUACCAGCUUCAGGACCAAGAUAAUGUGGUCUUCAUCUCUACUCUGCAUGGGGGAUAACCCCCCCCCCAAUAUAAAAACAGACUGUGGACGCUAACAGAGGAUCCCCAACCCCCACCACCGGCCAGCUAUAUCUCCCCUCUCUGCCUUACGUAGCUCAUCAAGGCCGAGACACAACGCCCCCCAUGGAUGCCCAGUGCUGAUUCAGUGAUCCACCAAUGUUACACUGAAAGGUUCUGAUGGGUUUCUCACCCUGACUUGUGACCUUCAACGUGAGGGGUGUGGGGUGUAUGUUCAUUGUGUGUGUGUGUGUGUGUGUGUGUGUGUGUGUGUGUGUGUGUGUGAAUGAGAGCGAGAGAGAGACCCUUUGGAGACACAGAUGCUUGACCAGCGUCCUAUCAGGCCUGGACACCUGAGUCCAGAGUGUUUUGAUCUGAUUGUGUGUGUGUGUGUGUGUGUGUGUGUGUGUGUGAGAGAGAGUGUAUGGACAGAGGUCGGUCUGUCUAGACAGUGUGCAGAUGGACCUUUGAGAGGCAUACAGAGGUCAACCUUUAAGACCAUGGUCUGUGCGUGCUCAUUUUUGUUCAUUAUGCUAAAUCUAAUUUUAUACUGUUGUAGCCUAUAUAUCAUUAAUCAAACGAAACUGUCUGCUUCAAUAUUUUAAGUUCUAAAAAUAGGAUGACAUGGGCUUGUGUUUAAAUUAAAUGUUACUUUUUGGCAAGAAUUUCAAUGUAUAUUGUACCUUUUCAUAUUUAAAAAAAAUCAAUACAAGUGAAAAGAAAAUUUAGAUGGAGAUUUGUUUUAAAAUAAAAUAUAGACUGGUAGAUUAUGGUUCACUUUUUAAUGGGUUCACACCGAUAGACUUUAAAGAAAUUAAAUUAAAUAAAUCCUCUUAAUUUUAUCCUUCAAAAUAUGUACAAACAUAUAUAUUUUACUUGUAGCCUAUUUACCAUUAGGCCUACAGUAGGCUAACCUUAGUAGGCCUAUAGCUUACUAAGAGAAAGAUGUGGAGUUGAGUACGGAGAGUCGUGUUGCCCAUCUCUCUCACUAUACAUUCAUCGGAGCAACCUUUAGGAUCGCGGUGGGAGGUCGCAGUUCCGCUUCAGGCGCUGCCUUCAGAUGAGGAGAGAAGACUCUCGGUAAAGGAUGCGAUUUGUAACGGAAAACAGACUGAUAAUGGAUACAAUACUGCUCAUGCUAAUGGCGUAGUAUUAUCAGCGUCACUAGGAAGUAGUAGGCCUAAGCCUAGCUUACUGUGUAGCCUAUGUGUAUUUGUCCAGGAAAAGUAUGCUAUAUAGGCCUCCUUUGAGCGGUAAAAUGGAGACUAAAAAUACAAAUGCAAAACACUGCGUGCGUGACCUAUCCAAAAGCUGUGCGAAUGGUGAAGGCCGUCUUAGGAUAGGUCUAGGCCUACAACAUUUUGAAAGUGAAAUUAACCCUGCACGACUCGGUAGGCCUUACAUACUUCUAUUAUUUCAUAAUAAAUUGGUUAACUUAAAAUGUUAAUUUUUAUAUUCAAACAUGGUUCAAUAUGCUGCUUUUCAGUGCAUAGGCCUAAUCGCACUUUUUUAUAUAAAGCAUCAGUCUGGCUAUAUUGGUCCUUUCAUAUUUGCUGUUUGUUUAUUUUUUGUUUCAAAUGGUGACUCAUUGAAUUGUUUCGGAUAUCCGCCUUACUUCCUGUAUACAGCCUAUCAAGCAAAUAUUUGUGCGCAAACGAUUUUAAGGGAAUAUACGCUUUAGAUGUUGUUUAUCUAAAGCAUGAUCUUCAUCUAAAUUGAAAAUACAUGAAUAAAGUUGCCUAUGACACAUUCGGGAAUUACCAGUCACUUUUAUUUAGCCUUAUGAUUUCUCAUAUAGCCCUACGACUCCCUAUGGCCGCAAUUAGCCUUUUCGGUCCUACGUACCUACUAUACCGGUCGCGUACAGCAAGCCUUACGUUUUCCAGUGCAAACAAGAGGCAUCCUUACGUGUAGUCUACAGAAGGCAUGUAGGGCUAUCAGCUAUGCAAUUGUGACAGGAGCGAAUAAAAAUAUCUCUAGGCUAUGAUGUCCAAGGCUGCGACAACCAAUGGGGCCUAUAGCAGCACCUGCGCCCCCAAACUCCACCCCGCACCCCAAAUCAUUAUUGACUCAAUCAUAUAAUAGUGCCGUUUACUAUGCUCAAUGAAUGUGAAUAUAAGUGUCUCUUAAUUCACAGUUCUAUGCCUGGUAUUAGGACUACUACCCAUUAAGUGCACUUGACACAAGUCUGGCACAAAAGCCCUAUAGGCCUAUGUAUUUAGAGUGCCGCGCUUUCCUGCCAGGUAGCUAUAUCUUUUUUGUUCUAAAAACACUCUUGAUUAAACACUAUAAGCACGCUACAAUAUUGAAUUUUUGGACUGUAAAAAGAGUCGUGGCAAUAAUUUCUGUUUAAACUAUAGUUAAAAAAAAAGAAUUCCUCUCCAUCAUUGGAGUCUUAGCCUAAUUUAGUUACGGGCACCAGUGGUAGUGUAGUUUUUGCUGACGCCAUCAGCUAUUUUGCAAGCUAUUUGUGUAUGUCAAAAUGUACUUUUUUUUGUUUUGUUCUUGUGCAUAUCACUCUGUAAAUCAAGAUUAGUUUAUAUGUAAAUUAGUUUAUAUGUAAUUUAGGCUAUCUUAAACACCCCUAAGCAAAGUGUAUCUUCUGUUCACACCAUAGCCUACAAUCCUGUGUCACCCAGGUAUAGGCUACUGAUGCUGUUGGUAGCUUAGCAGCUUCGUGUUCUCUACUCGUACAAGAUCCGCCAGAGAAAAAAACAUUAUUAAAAUGAUCAUCAUCCUAUUGAGGUAGUUUUAGGCUGCGUAAGCCUGCUAAUGGGGAGGUGACCGCUCUGUACAACCUUGAGUCAAAAUAAGCAAGUAGGCUAACCUAUAGUCAUCGAAGGGAUACGACAUAAGGCAAAUGCCAUUAUAAGGUAGGCCUAUUUUAUUAUUAUGCCUCGUCUAUAUUUUUAUUAAUCUUAUCCAACCACUGUUUUGUUAAAAUCACCAUCAUGGCAAGGUGUUGCUGUAGAUCAGGUGAUGUAGGCCUUCGCGAAUAAUCAAAACAAAUAGGCUACACUUUUUGAAAACCUGGAUCUAAAGAACUAAUGAAACCGCACACACAUUUAAGCACGUAGCCUAUCUCACAGUCAAUCUGGUGCUACUCUGACUCUUUUUUUGAUCUCUUAACCAAAAAGUGCAGUGCAGACUGUGGCUAUUACGACUAAUUGGCUGCUAUAUUGAUUCAAUUCUGACUUUGCAUCAAGAUUACCUAAUGCAAUGUUGAUUUGGUAGUCUGUGCCGUAGCCUAUAUCUUCAGCACAUUAGGCUACAGGAUAUUUUUAUAAAUAGCCUACGAAUCACCCGCUAAAAAGAAAAGAAAGUUGGAAAGGGAAAGAAAGUUGAAGAAUUAUGGAUUAAGAAAUAAUAAUCAGCAUCUUAAUAAAAAUAUGAUGUAGCAUAUAGGCCCGAAUACUAAUUCCAGAGGACUGUACAGGACAAAUUACUUAACGCAUUGUCUCCCCUGACGCACGUGAUUCAGGUGUGUGAUUCAGGCCUAAUUAUCAGGCCCUGGUGUUUUGGUUUCUAACGUCAUCACACCAUCCACGGGACAGCCUGCUGCCCCCUCUCUGUCUCUGUCUCUCCCUCUCCAAAUACUGUCAUACCUCUCUUCGCGAGUCCUGGGCCUAGCCUGAACCACGUCACUGGGCCGCAUUUGUAGUGUAAUUAGCAGUUUAUUGAUUUGAACAAGUGGUGCUUAUGGUUCCCAAUCCAAUCCAUCGACUCUCUAGAAUAUAAAAUUAGGCUCUUUUCUUCCAUUUCUUAAUUUCUUCCUUCUUAAAUCUCUUCAUUAGGAUCUCAGAAAGUAACUGCUGGGUCGAGAGCCUCAUAAAAAAAAAAUAUAAUACAUUAGAUAUUAUAAAGACAAUUAUUAUGUAGGCCUAUACAGUUGAGGGGAAAAAACAAAGCCGAAAAAAUGUCACCAUGUACAAAUAAAAAUGUUUCCCAAGCUGUCAAGAAAUUAUUCAAUAUGCAUAUAAUAAACUAAACCCAAACACAGGCCUUCUGGAAAUGUACGCAUCGUUCAACAAGCUCUACCUGUUUGAAAACACAACUUGUAGCAAUUCACAACUCUCAUAUUUCCGCUGGCAUGACCUGCAUACAAAUAUACACAAUUUAAAAAUACACUGGCGGAACAUGGCACACUCCACUACAGUUUUUGCUUGUAGGCUACUCGCUUUUGUUUGUCCCCCCCCCAUCUUUUUCAUUCACGGCCUCCCCAAGUCUCUUCCCCGUUAACAGCUAUCGUCAUGUGUAUUACUAUUUAAAUAACUAUUGAGCAACUUGUAGUCCGCGUUCAAUAUAUCAAUGGCCUAAACCAAAUCUCACCAUUGAGAAAGAGACCAGAUGCAAUAUACAUGUUCUAAUAUCGUGAUUACACUUUGGGAACAUCAGUGUAAAUAAAACAGAGGUUCAAUUUCCAAAAUGUUAUUUUAUUUUUUCCCUUUCUCUGAUAAGGCUUGCUAUCAAACCACUGUUACUCCAACUGCACAAUUCCUGGAACAGGCUGUUGGCCUUGCCUGAAAACAGAAGUAUUGUGAAAAAAAUAUCCAUGCUCCUAUAAACUUAAUUGUGUCGUCUUACAAACGUAGGGUAUGGCCAGCUUGAAAAGAAAGAGGGCUUAUAUUUCGUUCAAAGGCAGAUGAAGAGGAGUCACCAGCAACAGAUGUCCAGGCACAAUUCUUGGGUUAAAUUUACAUUUCACAAGAAUUGCGUUUGGACAAUCAGGUCCUGGAGCUCUUAGAUGAUCUUUUUACACAGUCAUUAAACCACGCUGAGAGAACAUAAAGCAUAGAGGGCUUUAACCGCUUCAAAGAAAAUAACAUCACAUGCAUGGGUCUAUAAUUUAGCAUAAUUUCUUAUCUAUGCCAGUCUAACCCCUUCUCACUGAACCACGAACCGAUGCAAGCUGAUUAAUUCUAAAUUACAAUAUUAAUAUGGUGGGAGAGCCAUACAAUCAUACUAUUAUUAAAACUAUACUUUGAAAAGUCAAUAAUUCCUAGUUUAAACCUGUUCUGAGCUAUAACAAAAUUAUUUUCGAUUGCUGUUAAAAAGUAAAUAAAAAAUAGUUGUGGUAGCUGUUCUUGUGUUGAGCCACGUAGUAUACCAAGUAAAUAUUUAACCUUAUUUACUUAUAAAAUAACAUACCCUGAUUCCUUUCAGCAUGUAGGCCUAUCUAGAUGAAAGCCAUACCCAGCAUGCUUAAACUGGAUCUGUACACUCUGCAAACCGUACUGAUACACACAAGUCUGUUGGUGCGAUUAUAAGCAAUAUAUUCUAAUCUAUUUCAAUAAAACAUUAAUCGAAACAUAUAGAAGAAAGCAAAGUUAAAGGCACUUUUUGUCAUUCCGUGGCGCCAAACAGCAUCUCCUCGUAAUCUUCGAAUAAUUCGUUCUCUUUCGGCACUUAUACAGGAAAUCUGAAGACUGAAAGGGAAAAUCGAACUAGUUUUGAAGACCGUCUUAAAAGUCCAAGUUGUGGCUUCAAGCCUACGCUUCGCCAUGGCUGCACCUGUAAGGCGCACAUUCGUGUAGUUUCCACAUCGCGUCACCAGAAGAGCUGCAAAAGGGUCUAAUCAUCUGACGUUUGCAAAGACGUUAAACAUUUCUGAAAAAAAAUCUCUACAAGCCCUCAGACGACAACAACAAAACGCAAACGGUUUAGAGUUUAAGGUGAGGUUAAAAGGCAAAGAUGUGGUCCAGAAAUGUUAGUAUGAAUCAGUGAUGAAAAAGAACGCUGUCCGGCGCGCUCCCCGUCUAUUCCCACGACGAGCGCUGUAUCCUCUCUUUAGUACACGCAGAGAAAAUGGUAAAAUGCGAGAAGAGAAGGGAUGCUUUGGGUAGGUCGAAGAGCUUGCAGACCCUGGCGUUGACUUGCUGGGACGGUUCUUAUGGAAUGGCACUUGCUAACUCGCUGCUCUGAAGCCUUUUCUUGAGCGCUCGUAACAAUACCGGUGUUGCCACGACGGAAGGCGAGAGGGAGUGGAGAUGAUCUUCGCUUGGUACUGAAUUUGAAUAACACCACAGGGUGAUAAAUGUCCAUUGUGCGGGAGAAGUAAUGAAUCUCCACUGUCUUCUAUAGCACACAAGCCAGCAGCUGCGAGAGAGGGACCAGCAGCCUCUUAAAGAUACAACAGCCCCAUUUUCUCCCUAAAAGAGAUUACAAUCCAUACACUGUUUAUUCAGCGCCAAAACGUACUGUCAACACUGCAUGACGUUUGUUUUCUGGACUGCCUUUUUUGUGUGUGCAAGUGCAAUGCCGUAACAAGGCACUUGCAUAUAAUGCAUUCGCUCUUAAUUUCUGCAGUAAAAUGCAUUUAUACGUAUAGUAUUGGCUUCAUUAUGUAGGCUACGCACCACAAUAUAGACAGUUUUUUUUUUUUGGUGGGUUAAAUUAUCAUUGUCAUUAAUGCUUAUAAAACCAAUUUUGCCAAUUAGACCGUAUAGGCUUAUGUUUUAUUGGUCUCUUAAAUUUGUUUAUUUUUCUAAAUUGAAAACGAUUUGGUUUGGAAUCUCUUCAUUUUAUUUUUUUUCCCUUUCACUGAAAAGAAAGAAAGGAAAUAUGCUUUUUCAGAUAUCUGACGGACUAUAUUUUGUCACUCUUGUUGUUAUGUAAAGUUAAGAUUGAGCUUGUUUUUUUAUUAUUAUUUUUGUAAGAGAAAACAUGGGAGUGUGCUAUCAAAGUUGUGAUAAUGCUAAUGUUGUGCAAGUGGCAGGUGGAAUAGGACAUUAUUUAAUUGGUUAUUCCAUCACAAAUGAGUAAAUCUAUUUCCUAUUUAUUUUAAUCGUUUAACAUAAAUGACAUAGGCCUACAGUAUACCAUAAUACACAUAUGCAUGGACAUAUAACAUAUGAAUAAAAAGGUGAAAAGUUGCCAUUUAAUGUUGUUAUGCUAUUUAAUGUUUAUGACUUUCUAUAAUCACACAAUAGUUCUAUUUUCUUCUCCCAUUUUUGACUUUAGUGCAUUAGACUUCAUUGUCCAACUGACAUUGUUGACCACCAACUACAGUAAAGCUUCAGGACAUAAUGUUACCCAUAUCUGCCUUACUAUUGGCACACUGACAGGUGUUUCUGACGCAAUGUUAAGCGUUUUGUAUAAUAAAGUGGUUUUCUAGA